GCGGCGGCGGCGGCGGCCGAGACCUCGCGGGCCGAGAGCGAUGACAAGGCUGAUAGCUCAAAUGAUGCUGGAGAAGCUAGUAAACCUGCAGAGAUGCCUACGCAGAGAAGAAAACGUAUCUCCACCAUGCCCAAUCUUGUCAAACCCAGAGCUGGACCUUCAUCUUCUCAGCGUUCUGUAUCAAAACCGCAAAGGCGAGCAUCACAGGUUCCUGAUGGCAGUGCUUCACUUCAGAAGGAUUCCUCUCCAUCAGAAAGGAGUAGUGUUGAAAGCUCUUUAAAGUCUCCCAUGCUGCCUGAAAAGAAAACGCCUGUGCCACAAGUGCCACAGUUUUCCCCACUGAAAAAAUCAGUGAACAGAGAGCAAACUGUAGGUGUAGCUGCUCAAAAAAAUGAUGAUACCUUGCAGAAGAAUGUACCCUCUCCACUCAAGGAGAGACCAACACAGGGAAGAUCAGGAACACAGGAAGAAAAGCUGCCUAUGAAACCUGCCCCUACAAAACAGAAACGAACCUGUUCUGACCGUGAAAGGAUCCUCAAAGCUCGGAAAUUAAGAGAAAUGCUUAAAGAAGAGCUGAAGAAAGAGCGGAUGUUGAAACACAGGCCUCCAAUAAUUGAAGGACGUUCUCCACCAGAUCGUUCUAAAAUGACCAUGAGAGACUUGAUAUACUAUCUACCAGAAAACAAUCCUAUGAAGUCUUCACUGGCAGAAGAAAAGAGAACAGAGAAAAAUUCUGCACCGGGUCAAAUGAAAGAACAGGAAGAAAAAAGUACUCCUGAUCAUGAAGAGGAAGAUGAGGAAGAAGCAGCAGAGAAUGGGGAGGAGAGUCAGGAUGGUCCCCUUCUAGUUCCUCGUGUGAAAGUAGCAGAAGAUGGUUCAAUUAUUCUGGAUGAAGAAAGUUUAACUGUAGAAGUUCUAAGAACAAAAGGUCCAUGUGUUGUAGAAGAAAAUGAUCCCAUCUUUGAGCGUGGCUCUACAACUACGUAUUCGAGCUUCAGGAAAAGUUUUUACACGAAACCAUGGUCAAAUAAAGAAACAGACAUGUUCUUUUUAGCUAUCAGUAUGGUGGGAACAGACUUCUCCUUGAUUGGACGGCUGUUUCCUCAUAGAGCCCGAGCAGAAAUUAAGAACAAGUUCAAACGUGAGGAAAAAGCUAAUGGAUGGAGGAUAGACAAAGCUUUCAAAGAAAAGCGUCCCUUCGAUUUUGAAUUCUUUGCCCAGCUGCUUGAGAAGGUCUUAGCAGAUGAGGAAAAGAGGAAGCAAAAAACUGUUAAAAGCCAGAAGCCAAAGGAAAGGAAGCCAUCAAGGCCUAGGAAGAAGCCAAAAGCAAAAGCUGCCAGCACAGAAGCUGCUAAUGAUAAAGAUGAUCUCCAGGAAGCUAGAAUUUCUGAUGCAGAAACAGAUACUGUGAUGGCUGAGAAAGAAAAUGAAGAAUCUUUGGGAAUUUCUGAACAAGCAGAAGAACAGGUUGCAUCAGAGCCAUCAUUAGCAAAAAAGAAGAGAAAGAAAAAGAGAAAAGAUGAUCUUGACCAGGAAGUGGAGAAUCUUUCAGAAGAAACGUCUGUCCCUCCAAAAAUUGCGGAAGAAGAUAAAUCCUCUAAGAAAACAGAAAAAAAAAUGGUAUGUGAUGCUAACGAUGAUCAUACUACCUGUAGAGAAGAACUAGAUAAUGUUACUGAAGGAAAACAAGAUGAGACUGCUGUUACAGAGGAAGAGAGAUCAACAUCCUGUUUAUCAUCCAAUGACAUAAUGGAGGGAGAAAAUGAUGUCAAUUUAUGCAGCUUUGAAGGUAGCAAUGAUGUUAUACUAGAAACUGAAUGUGCUAAACUGAGAAUCCUAGAUAUUAGAGAUGAUACAUCACAGGAAAGCCCGAUUUCAAAGUUACCUGUUUCAAAGAUGAGAAGCAAAGAAAGACAAUCUGAAGAAACUACAGAAACAAAGAACAAAGACAUACAUGACGUAGAUAGACCUGAUGAAAAGCAGAGUGCACCAGAAAGUGAUUCUCAGUCUGAAAGCAUGAAAACUGAAAAGCCAGCAGACAGAGGGCGCUUGCAAAGACCUAAACCAAAUUUAGUGAGAUCAUCUGCAAGGAGAGAAAUAGCAACCCAAGAGAAAAUGGAGGCUGAGACUUCUUCUCCAAACCUUGUGAAUACAGAUGAAAAGUGCUCUGAGGAAGACAGUAGAAGAAACAGAAAUGAAGCCAUGGAAGUAGAGAACACAGAUUUGGAUACUAAAUCUGAAGAACAUGAAAAAACUGUAAUUGCAAAGGCAGUAGUUAGAGGAUGUCGACAGAGAUUUAAGCCUAAUGUUACAAGAGCGUCUGGAAGGAAAGAAGAGCCUGGAAAAGAUGCAGGAAAUGACAAAAUGUCCCAUCCACCCCCCAAGAAAGAAACCGAAAAGAAUACUGAUGAAAGUAAUAGGUCAGAUGCUACUAAUGAAGAAGCUGCAGAGAAAAAUGAUAAAGUCCUGGAGACAGUGUCUCGAUCUAAUGAAACAGCUGGUUUACAGGAAGACAGCAAGCAGAGUGUGCUGAAACCAACACCUCUAAAGAGAGGCAGAGUGCAGAGACCAAAACCAAAUCUAGGAAGAAGUGUUGCAAGGCAGAAAGACCUGACAGAUGAAAAAGAUGCUGAAGAGGAGAAAAGGGAAGGUGAAGAAGUAGAAAAAGGUGUGACACAUGGUGAAAACAAUGAUCCAUGCCUCAAAAAUGAUGUGAUGGUGUGUGAAGAUACUCAGUCAAGCAAUGUGAUACUAGAAGGGAAUGUUUCUACAGAUUCUGAGAUGAACUUAGUACGCAGAAGGCAGUGUUCCCAAGAAAAGUCCUCAGAAGCAGAAAGGGAGUCUGGUCCUCAGAAGGAGGAGGAAAAAACUGUUGUAUCAUCAGCUCGGCUACUGAGGAGUCGAUUCCAGAGACCAAAGCCAAAUUUAAGAAUUACAACUUGUAGAAAGGAAGUGCUGGAUGUAAAUAAUAAAGGUGUAUCACAGGAAGAUACCAAAAAGGAAGAAAAUUUGACACAGUGUGACAGUGACUGUAACAUCCUUCCUGAUACAGAUAAAGUAGGAAAACAUGAAGUUCUGCAACCAUUGGAACCCUUAGGAAAGGAGAAGUCAUUUGACUCUCAGGAGGUCUCUGAGAGACCAAGCUGUAAGUCGCCAAAGACACUUUCAAGAUUAGAGGAUGGUGAACUCAAGUUUUGUCUAUCGGAAAUGAACCAAGAUGACACCUCAACUGCUAACGCAAGCAUUGAUAGCAAAAAUACCACUGAAGAAGGAAGUAAAAAAAUACCUCCUCAACCUGUUCAGCUGGUGCGGAGUAGAUUCCAGAGGUACAAGCCAAACUUGGGAAGAGCUGUUGGAAAGAAGGAAUUACAAAUAUCAGAAAAUGAGAGGGAGAAAAAGACUGAAGCAGAGCAGCAGGCAUUGCAAAAAGAUGAGUCUGCCAACACUGUCAUUGGUGAAAAUGAAGCCAUAUUGUGUCAGGCAGAUGUGUUGAGCAAAGAGGAACAGGAACAGCAAGAGGCACCUCAGGUGCCUUGUAUUUCUGAAAACAUCCUGUGUGAACAAAGCAGUGCUGAAAAAUCCACUUCCCAAGAAGGCAAACUGGGUGUUCUGAAACCAGAACAGUUCAUAAUGAAUGAAUCUCCAAGAACUAGACCAAGUCUAGAAAUAGCAGAUAGCGAAAAAGAAUCUCUGACAGUACAAGAACUUGCUGCUCCUAUUGACGAAGAAGUACAUAAAAAUGAAAACCUUCCCGUGGCAGAAGAAUCUGAGGAACCACUUUCCUCAAAAUCUAAGGAUGACAUGGAAGUAUUGUUUGUGGGGAAUUUGGCCAAGAAUGACAAUCUAGACAUAAAUCUAAAAAGUACGAAGUCAGAAACACUUGAUUCCUCUAAAGAAUCACCUAAGUGCCACAGCAAGGGAGGAACAGAGGAAGAUCUAUCUACAGAUGCUACAGGAAGCAUUCAGGAUACCAUAGAAAGGUCCACUGAUAAACUAAAUUCUGGAGAAGAAAGUAAACAGAGUGAUACAAAACCUUUGCAUCAACCAAAGGAGUCCCUCUGGAAGCCAAGGCCAAACCUAAUGAGAGUUACUAGAAAAAGAAAUUAUACUGAAGAGGCUGAAAACAGAGAAGAGGACAAGGCUGAGAAAAAAAAUGCAGAAGUGUGUUUGGAGUUAGAAAAAACAGGUGUAUCGAUGCCAAGCUCCAGUAACUUGGUGGAAGCUGCAUCCCUGUCAGACACUGCAAGAAAACGUGAUUUUACGAACUCUGUUGAAGAAACAUCUUGUAAGAGAAUCAGGCAGGAGAGUAGACUCCAAUCUCCAGAGAUAUCAUCAGAGAAUGAGAGUCAAGUAGAACAAGAAAAUGAUUCUCAGCUUUCUACCUCUCAGGACAAAAAUUCAGACAAUCUUACAAGAAAGCAGUCCAGAAGGUCAUCAAAACGGAUAGCACUGCCAAAACCUGUCUCGGAGCUAAGAACUGCUGCUUCUUCUGCCUCUGAAUGUGAGGCUGAUUGCAGUGAGAAGGGGAAUCAAAGGCAAGAAGUUAAACUGAGUGGUACUAGAGGCAAAAGUUUGAAAACUACACAUAGAAAGAAAUCUGGUAAGGAGCACAGAAGUUCAAAGAUAACCUUGGUGACCCUCCGGGCUUCUCAAGAGGAGGAGGAAGAGGAGACAGAUGACUCUGAGCCUCACGAUGAAGAUGAAUGCUUUGCACCAGAGGAAGUAAACAAAGCUCCAGUGUUUGUCCCUAUAGGUCUUCGAUCUCCAAAACCUGUUCCUGUUCAGAUAGAGGAAACCAUGGAGGAGCUGGAAAUAUCUGUGAAUGUGCCAGAUGUGCAGGUGGUUACUGAUGUUGAAAGUCUCUGUCAUGCUGCUGUCCAGCCCGUGGUACAAAAGGAGGAAGAAGCAAGCACCUCAACAGCUGAAACAGCCGCACAUGAAAAUCCAGAGGUGGACAAAGGAAUUAAUGAUGGAAGCACUGAAGCUGCCAUGACUUUACUUGCAAUGGGUGAUCCAAUGUUCCAGUUAAAAACAAGCAGUGAAGAAUGGACACACGUGUUACCUGCUCAAGAUGAGUUGGACAUGGCAAAUAGCCUUGUAACCCACACCUACUCCAAACAAAAUACAACUCCAAGUCAGUACUUACUUUCUUCAGACACUUCUGCCAAGGAAGUGGUCCUGUCUGAGGAUGGAAGCAACAUUAAUGUAGAGGAUCAAAGCACUGACACAAGAAUAGGUGUUGAAGAAUAUUUUGAGAAAAGUGCUACAGAUACCAGUGAUAGCUCUUUGCUUACAGUGAAUAGACUGACAAGAGGCAGACACCUGGAGUCUGAGCCAGACCUUGGAGUAUUGAGGGCCAAUGAAAACAUAAUUCAAAAGUCAGUUAAUGCCAAUGUACCUGUGGAACAACUGGAGCAAGUUCAAACUGAGUCUACAACUCAGAGAGAUGCUGCAGAAAUGCAAAAGGUGGAACUAGAACAGUUCAGACCAGCUGCAGGUGGUUCUUCAGUUCUUUAUGACUUUGCAACUACAAGUAUGGAAGUUAUCAAGCAAGUAGACAAAACUGAGAGAACAGAGAUGAAAAAUCCUUGUGGAAAUUCAGAGGAUUUAAGACCUGUAACUGCAUCACCAAAGUCUGAAAAAUCUCACAUUGGACUAGAGGAUUAUCCAAGUCAAAGUUCUGUGGAUGGACUUCCUGAGCAAAAUCCUUGUCUUCCUGAGGACAAUAGAUGCACAAUGAACUUCACUCAGAAGGAAGCUUAUGCCCAGGAUUCUCAACAGCAAUGUGUCAGCAGCACAGAAGAGACUUCAGUGAACAAUGAACAUAGAUGUCCAGAGGAAGAACAGACGUUCAUUUUAACGUUGGUGGAAAUCCCAGCUGACUCAAAAGAUUUUGAUGCGUCUGCUUUGCUGGAACAAACUUCACAGCCGUUACUACCAGCCCCAAUACUUAUCAGCCCAAUAAAUACAAGUGAAACAAGCGUGACUGAAGUGGAGAGUAUUGGAUCCUUGACAACUGCAGCUGAAGAAUUUGCUGCACCUUUAAACAGCAGUAUGGAAACCAAACAACUAGAGAGUGCAUCAUUAGAGCCCAUUCCAAAUUUGCAGACAACUCAAAAAAGAUCAGCUGCUGAGCUUGAAGAAAAUUAUUCUCCUCCUGCCAAGAAAACUCGGUCUGAUGUUGUAGCAGAAGGUAACUUGGAAACCACUUAUAAGGUUUAUUCAAUUAAAUCCACAAAUGAUCCAGUGGUAGCUUCUGAGAAUCCUUUCCAAAAAACAGAGGCUUCAGCCUCCAAGUUGGUGUCUGCGUCUUUGUCACCACUUGCUGAGAGAAUCCAGCUUGAGACUUUGGAGAACUUAGGGAAAGCACCACUUGAGAAUUUGGCAACCGAACAGGAAGAGGAGGUGAUGCCCAGAUUAACCUCUAAUAGCAAAGCAGAAAUAAGUGGACAAGGAAAACAGGGGGAUGCGCAUGAAUCUGGACAAUUGGAACUUACUGGAAGCCUGGCAUCAUCUGCAAAAACUCCAUUACUCAGGGGUGGACGAAAACCAUUGGGAUUUUUAUCUUUAAUUUGCAAAAAAAGUAGCUCUGAAUCUGCAGAAGAUACCAAAGGGAAUAGAGGGAAGAUCCAAAAGCCUCGGAUUGUGACUCCAAAGCGAAGUCUGAAAAAGCCCCCUCCAUCCACUAAAGAUGAUGGGAAAUCUUGUUCCCUUCCUUCUACAAGCACACCAUCAUCCGUGGAGUAUAAGAAUGUAGCUGCUGAUGCUGCAGUUACGGUUGCAAGUACUGAGCCACUGGAGAAGCCACCCCUUUGUGUUGAAGAUCAAGAGAAGGAAGAGGAGCCAACCAGAAUCUCUGAGUAUUUUUUCAGUGACAUAUUUAUGGAAGUGGAUGAUUCAGAAUAGCAAAUUGGCUUUAUAAAAAAACUGGGAUCUGACAGUAUAGUGCAACAAAGGAAGAAGAGUAUUUUUUAAAAGUUCUGAUUUUUUCUGAUGUUCAUUAUGCGACAUUUACUAUCAGCCAAGCUGUUGUUAAUAAAUUCCAUAAAGAUGAAACAGAUUCCUUCUGAAGUGACCUGGAUACUUUUAAAAUGUUGACAUCUGAACCGCUACAUGGAUGUCACUGGACCAGAUGAGCAGCUGCUGGCUUAUAGUUUCCUUGUUUAGGUGCCGAUAAUGGAUGCGUGACUAUCUUACAGAAAAGUGCAAUGAAAAAAUGCUUAAUCUUGUGACAAGUAUCCUUUUGAAUUUUAAUGCUAAGGCUUGUGGUACAGGUUAUACAAGUUCUUUACUUCUUUUUGUGAAGUAUGUUACAUCAGUGUGUUAGUAGGAGGAAUGAACCUUUUAUGUAAUCUCUGUAGAUAGGAACACAAAUACUGGAAGUAAUGUAGUAAAUACAUAGCUAUGUUCAGUGCUGCAGGUAUUUGUAUUAGCAUCUCCAAAUGACAUAUUUUUGUAAGAGCUUUUGAUUACAAAAAUUAAAAGAUCCUAGCCUGAAAAGUUCCUUAAAAAUGUAUUGAGAACAACUGAAAAAACACAAUUUACUAAAAGAUGCUACACAGUGUUAAUCUUUACAACUGUCUUAUUGAAGUAGGAGGAAGAGGUUAAUGUUUACUAGUGCAAAUGCUAAUUUCCUUUUAAAUUUGAAAACAAGGGGAUAUGUACCAUUUCUUUUCUUUGGUUUUACAUGUAGAUGUUUGUAUCUCUGCUGACUUCUGUGGUUUUCCUGGUGCAAAGUAGCACAAAGAGACUGAAUUUUUAAACCAUGACUAUACAAUGUGGUUGCUUGGGGGAUUUGCUACUUUGAAGCAGCUGAAUUUUAAUUGUUUUCCUCAUGUUGCAUGUCUACUUGUACUGUAACUCGCUAUAAAAUGCUGGUGUAGCUUUAGAUUUUAGUCUAAUUUUUUAUGUGCCUGAUCAAGAAGAUUGUCUUGAUGAGGUAACAAAGUUCACACAGUCUCAGAGCCAGGUGGUCACAGAAAGAUUCAAUAUUUAUUCUGAAACUCCUUAUUACACAAAAAUGACUGUGUAGAUUUAAGUACUCUAAAUUUUUCUCCUGUUACUUAAUUCCAUCAGGUACUUUUGCAAAACAAAUUAUUUAUUAUGAAAGUGAAACUGAUGUUUAAAUGAUACUGUUAUGCUCUCAAGAAAUCUGUCUUAGCUUUGGACUUGGAUAAUCAUUUACUGGCAAAUAUUUUCAUAUAAGUAUCUAGUUAAUUUUGAAAUACUCGAUGCAGCUUGAGAAUGUUUGCCUUUUCAGAAGCUAUUGGCAAGGCUUCUGAAGGAGCCUUUAAAAUUUUGUCAAUAAGGAAAAAUACACUUAAAAGCUACUGUUACUGCAAAUUGCUAUGUUAGCAGCCCUCUGUCAAUCAAAAUGUCGCUAGCAGCAGCAUCUUCUUGAGGUGAUGUUAAGGGACCAACAGUCCCAGUGUCAAGUAACUUGAAAGCAUUCUGUCAGCUCCCCUUUCCCCCAGAACCCCUCCGAAAUCCCAUCACCAACAGCAGUUUCUGAUUAGUGCUUUGCCUAAUCCAUUUAACUUGAAAUGUUUAUCUAAAUAUUGUCUUACCGUAAACCUUAUGAAAUAGAUUAACCUAUACAUAAAGCUCCAUGCAUUGUUUAUCUUGUAGAUACUAUUUUAUGUAUGCAAGUGUUUAGUUCCUGAUACACAUGGCAUGUUUAAAUCACUUGCACUGAUAGAGCCUAAAAACAGAUUUGUGGGGAGUGGCUAUAAAAUAAUUGCCCUAAGUAUUUUCUGAGGCAAUAACCAUUCUGCAAUUAGUUGCAUACAUUUUAGCUUGCAUUCAUAUUACAAGUGAAAAAAACCACCCAACUAUUUCAUUAUUAAGAUUUAAGGUGCCUUAUCUACCUUGUUAAUUGGGGCUACACAUUUUUUCCCUGCAGUAAAUCACAUGCACUUUGUUAGACGACUUUUUUUUAACGAGCAAAUUUAAUUUGGAUAGAGACAAGACAACUUUGUGUUCUGUUUUGUGUAUGAAAGUUUUAUAAUGGUGAAGGAUGUAAGAAAAGAUAGGUGAAAUCUCAAGGCCUGUUAGUUUAGCGUUUUUACAAAGAUGCGGCAUAAGACUGCUUUGCUUAAGAGUUGUCCGGCACCCUGUAUCAUCGCGUAUAAGCUUUCUGUUUCAAAGAAAGUAGUCAUAUUCUAUAUGUAAAUUAUGUGAAUAAAUUAUUUUAUAUUA